CCUGUCAAAUCCAUCCCUAUCCGGCAUUCUACUACGUUCUACUUCAUUAUUUGCAACUCCAUUCCUCUCCUUCCGCUCUGACUGUACUGCUCGUGUCUGUUAUUGUUGCCAGCGAGUUCUGUUGUUUAGCAUCCUCAGACUGUUGUCGCUCGCUUUACCUGGAAGUCCUUUGCCCAAGCCUACGCCCUUCGCUCCCUUGUCAAUCCAAGAACACUGUCCCUGUGAUCAAGAAGACGCCACAGCAUUCCUCCAUCCAACGACGUGAUUUCCUAGACCAUCCUUACCUUCCUCGACCAAUUGGCCGCAUUCCAACUUCGCCUCUGACCUGGUGGUUGCUGGUCAAUCGCCUCUUGCGCAAGUUCCCUGAGACCAACAAUCUCCUGCCAUCUCUGUUGCUUUCACAGAUACAUUUCACCAUAUUGACACACAAAUGUCUUCUUUUUGACGUGUCAGCGACUGUGUCUGCGUCGGCAUGGCUGAAACAACGAGUCAUCCACUCCCUCCGACUCCCCCUCCACCCAUCUACUCCCCUCCUCUCCGAACCGAUAGUCCACAGAUCAUUGAACCCGUGGAUGAGCGCGAGACUGGCCUUGCGCGGCCAAGCAACGCACAAUCGAAGCAAAUAAGCAACCCUUCCAUAUCAAUGUCUCUGGCAGAUGAGCGACCACUGUCAACAUCCCCUGCGCCCUCAAGCCUGCAGAUCACUCCGCCAGAGACAGCAAUGUCAAGAUCAACCGAUCCUGUAGCGCCAAAGCGAACCUUGACUCCUCAACCUUCGCAGCAGCCAGAUCCAAAUAAACUCUCACCUACACCGCAGGCCAUAUUCAAGAGGCGGCCGGUAGACGGUGACAGCGUCGCUGACCACCGAAGAGUUUCUUCUGAGAACUUUACCUCUAAAGAUGGGAAUGUUGAGUUGACACCCUUCCAGAAAAGAGCCAUACGACAUGUUUCUGCAUCUGCUCUGGAAACAGAAGUACCACCAGGAAGCUUUGAGCCAUUGAGUUACCACCAUCAGCUCGUGGAGGAUGCCGAAAUGAAAUCUCUUGACAAGCGGGCGUCCAAGUUGACCAUCGAUACUGACAAUUCUGGUCAGCCGGAUGGUAGCCGUAACAGUACAUAUGGCAGGAACUUGCAGAGACCAGAUAGCGGAUUUUCGAGCACCUCUGAUUUUCGGGGCCGGUCACAUUCGCCCAAUAAUCUGUCCCCAGGUCGACCUGUUUCUCGAGGUUCACGUUCGCCAGAUACUCGACCUUUGUCCUAUGUUGAUCUUCUCAAUGUGCCGUAUCCUCAAGCUGCGCCGAGUGGUGCUGAAAAUCUCGUCAAUUCGGGUCUUCGCACCGUGGUUGGGAACAACGCCAAUCUUCUGUCGACCAGGAAAACGCUCGACAUGUACCGUGCCAACGUCAAAAAGACCAAUGACCCGGCAGUGCAGUAUGAAUUUGCCGUAUUCAUGAUCAGCGCGGCUCAGGAGGAGGGACUUGAAGGGGACGCGCAUUCAGAUACGGCAAAGUCGGAGAAAUCGCAUCAGUCUGUGAGAGAUGAUCUUUUGAAAGAGGCCAAGCAUAUCCUGCAGAAAUUGUCUGAUCGCUCCUACCCAUUCGCACAGUAUUAUCUGGCCGACGGAUAUGCAUCCGGUCUAUUCAACAAAGGCCGAGAAGACUGGGAUCGUGCAUUUCCCCUUUUCCUCGCAGCAUCUAAACAUGGACACGCCGAGGCGGGGUACCGUACCGCGUUGUGUUACGAAUUUGGCUGGGGUUCGCGGGUGGACGCAGCCAAAGCAGUGCAAUUCUAUCAACACGCUGCCAGCAAAAAUCACCCUGGAGCCAUGCUGCGACUUGGACGAGCCUGCUUGACUGGCGACAUGGGAUUGACUAAAAAAUACCGUGAGGGCGUGAGAUGGCUCAAGCGCGGCGCUGAAUCUGCUGAUUUCCAGUACAACCAAGCUCCUCACGAUCUAGGAUGUCUUCACGAGACAGGCUACGGUCCAGACGUGUUCAAGGACGAGUCCUACGCCGCCCAGCUGUACACCAAAGCUGCCGACCUGGGCCAUGUCGAGGCCAACUAUCGACUCGGACAAGCGUAUGAGCUCGGUCAAUUGAACUGUCCCCAGGAUCCUGCCCUCAGCAUUCACUUCUACACUGGUGCAGCGGAACGAGGCCAUGCCGAAUCACAAAUGGCACUUUGCGCGUGGUACAUGGUUGGCGUACCGAACGUUUUGGACAAGGAUGAAGCCGAGGCAUAUGAAUGGGCGAAAAAGGCUGCCGACCAAGGUCUACCCAAGGCCGAAUACACCGUGGGCUACUUUACAGAAACGGGCAUCGGUUGUCGUCGCGAUCCGCUUGAAGCCAAUGUCUGGUACGUGCGUGCAGCAGAACACGGAGAAGAGAGGGCCAAACACCGAAUCGCAGCUAUCAAAGCUGCUGGUUCCGGGGCAGAUCCCAUGACAGCGGCGGCGGUCGGGAAGAAGGGAUUGUUGACGGACAGCAAAAGUUCGGGCAAUAUUGGACCACAUGAGGGAGAAAAGAAGAAAAAGUUUGGUAUCUUCUAGACGGAGACUUUGUAGAUCAGCAGUCUAGCGAUACAGCGAUGUAGCAUUUCAAGGCGCAAGAAGCAAAACUUGGGAAGAUUUAAUGGCAUCAGAGAUUCAUCUGGGACAGCAUCGCGGUUGGACGAGGCAUGGGUCAGAAAAAUGCAUCGCAUAGCAUUAGCAUCGGACAAUGGGAUGAAGUGAGAUAUGAUGAUCCUCGACAGAGACUGGUGAUCAGUUCGAUGGGGGGAGGUAGUCGAGGUGGAUGGAUCACGUGUUAGAUAACGUGACUCUGGAUCUCCUGCGUAAUGAGAAAAAGAUCGAGGAGUGAGCCACACAAAUCACCAUCAUCAAUCAUAAUCACUUUUCA